UUCGUCCUUAUCAGCAGCUGUAGAUCAAACGAAUUAACGGUACACCUAGUUUUCCUCUGACCAAUCAUCCUCAGGCUUUAAGUGACCGACACUAAAUUCAGCCAAUCAGCGACCUAGGUACAUAGUGUGGGUGGGGACUGACGACAUCAGGGAAGUGGACUGUGACGCUUGGCAGAGCUGGGAAUAGGGAGUUGUGUUCAAAGCGUCUCUACAGAAAGUGACUCAGGUGAAAGAUGUCCUGUUCCAGCUACACUGGCUAGGUGAGCGCAGACAUUGUCAAGUCGGCGCAAGAGUUAUCCGAGGCUGAGAAAAAGGUCGGUACACGGGUGAAGGUGGACUAUUACGACACAGAGCUUCCUGAAGAACAAGCGCCGAGGUAAUCUACAGCAACAGAAGACGCGGAGGGCGAAGAGUUCAACUUCACCAGAAGAGAUGUCUCUGCUCGACCAGAGCCAGCAGCUUUUCCCAACCAGCGUCGUGGUAACGGUGCACCAGGCUCGGAACCUGCGCACAAAGGGCAAGAAUGGCACCAACGACGCCUACGCCAUCAUGCAGGUGGCCAAAGACAAGUUCUCCACCUCGGUGGCGGAGAAAUGUGUCGCUCCGGUGUGGAAGGAGGAGGCGACGUUUGACCUGCCGCUCUUCCACCCGGGAAACGCCGAGCGCUGUACGCUGUACGUCGUGGUCAUGCACCGUGCGCAGGUGGGACUGGACAAGUUCCUGGGCCAGGCUGUGGUGAACCUGCUGGGACUUCACGACGACAAGGCCCGCAAGAAGACCGACUGGUUCAAGCUGGUGGACAAGUCCGGAAAGGAGGACAAGGUGCGAGGGGAGGUCCUCCUCGACAUCAAGUUCUUGAGGAACAACAUGUCGGCGAGCAUGUUUGACCUGUCCCUGCAGGACAAGCCGCGCUCCCGCAUCUCCAAGCUGAAGGACAAAGUCCGUGGAAAAAAGAAGGAGGGCUCUUCAGACUCGGUUUCGGCCAUCGUCCCCCCUGUCAGCCAGGUGCUCACGGACAGCGAGGAGGAAGCCGACGCGCUGUCGCUGAACCCGUCCAUCGGGGGGAAGAAGAAAUCCAAAUUCAAGAACCUCUUUGGCCCUAAAACCAACUUGCAGCGCAACAUCUCCCAGUCGAUGUCCACGCUCCCUGAAAAGAACUCCUCCCUCUCCUCCAGCCGCUCGUCUGGCCUCAACGUGGACACGUCUGAAGGAAAGAAGAAAUUCAAACUUCUGGGGCACAAGCGAACGGGCAGCUCGGACAGCAAGGUUUCUCUGGGGCCUUUCUCCCUGCUGGGCCGCAACAAGCAGCAGAGCAACAGCGAGCUGAACAACCUGUGCAUCAACGGCAGCCACGUCUACACGGAGGACGCAGACGCUAAAAGCGGCUCCACUCUCAGCCUCAACAGCUCGGGCCGAGGCUCCGUGGAGGACGUCCACAGACACACGUCCGACGCCUCCGCGGACGUCAACAGAAGCGCUCCUGUGCCUUCACACGGCAACGAAGCCGCAGACAGAGCUCUGCUGGAGCAGCAGCGCCACCAAGAGGAGGAGGAGAGGAGGCAGGCAGAGGCCAAGAGACUGCAGGAAGAGGAGAAAUAUAGGGCAGAGGCCGCGAGACUGCAGGAGGAAGAACAGCGCAGGCAACAGGAGGAGCAGGAGAGGAGAAGACGCUUUCUUGAGGAUGAAGCAAAGAGGAGGAAGCAGGAGGAAGAGGAGAGGAGGAAUGAAGAAGAGCGCAGGAGGCAGGAGGCCGCCGACAACCAGAGGCUGGCAGAGGAGCGCCGACAAGCAGAGGAGCAGAAGCACCAGGAGGAGGCUUCCAUGAGCGACAGGCUGUCCUCUCUGUUCGGAAUGAUCAGAAAGAAGGAGGAGAAGAAGGAGGAGGUGCAGCAGCAGAGCAGAGACGAGCAGCCUCCCGCAGCAGCCCCUCACUCCGAUGUCCCCGUCUCCCACAGCACCACAGAGCCGUUCCAGGACGUCCCCCUCCGCUCCGAUCCUCCUCCCGCCAGCAGCGACAGUCCGUCCGAUCCCAUGAGGUUCGGUCGUAACCCACCAGCCCCGUCUGCCGUGGUCUUCCAGAACCGCACCGCUAAAGUGUCAGCAGUCAAACCCAGAUUGCCUCAAAUUUUGGAGUCUGAAGCAGCUGACUACCAAAGCCCCAGUCAGCCCUGCCCCUCCCCAGACCAUUUCGAGUCCACUGUCUCUAGCGUUUCAUCAGAGUCUCCUGAUACCUUCUCCAGCUUGCACUCAUCGUUGGCCCCGCCCAACCUAAGCCCAGACCCAUCUGGGUCUCCUCGUGGCAGCACAGAAGACUUGUCUGUCGACUGUGAAGGAUCUUCACCCACCAUGGCGGACCCCAGGAGAAGAGCGAUCCCACCGCCCUCAUAUUCGGGUCACAGAACCCAGUCCGGAGAAAAUCAGUUCAACAACCCUGCGUAUGUAGAGGAUGACGGAUCACAGCAGAGAAAAGUCUCUCUGCCGCCUCCGGAUUAUGACGUGCUCUUUCCCAAGAAAAGACACGGAGUGCAAGGCCAAACUAAAUGGGACAACCUACUCUCAGAGUUGAGUAAGAAGAAUACAGACGGUACACCUGAACUUUUGGGUCCUGAGAUGAGUGUGGACGGACCAGAAGAGCCUCCGGGUCCUAGCUUGCAGGAGAAUCCUGAUAUCAGGAAAUAUCGGGAAACCAAACCUGUGUCCUCCAAAAAAGUAGCGGCCCCUGCUCCACCUGGGUAUACGGGCCCUCAGGCCCCUCCUGCAGUGGCAGAGUCCGGUCACAGACACGGCCAGAAGAUCUCUCCACACUCUCUCCUGAGGUCCAGUUCGCCUGCAGUCCCAUCAUCUGCAAAGACCUCUUCCACCAGCAGCGGAACGUCGUACGAUGGCGCGCCCACACCUACACCCAGACCAUCCAGUCGGCUGGCCGCUGACCCAGCCGACGAGCAACGGAAAUCACAAGUCGACUCAAACAGAGAAGCGCCCACAGCUAGACCCAGACAGAGGGCUAGUGGCACACAGCCGGCCAAGCAGGAGGAAUCUGCUGCCAAGGCCAGCGUCCAAACUGUGUCCAGUUCAAACAUGAGCCGCUCGUACAAAGAGGAAAAGGACAACUCUGCGUUGUCUGAUCAGUUUUCCAGCACUGAACGUCCGUCUCAAAAAGCAGCCGACCCUUUCGCCAAUUCAAACGGCAGCGAUUCGGUCAAACAAGGUGAGAGCAGGAAGAAGGAUGAGCGCUCAAUCCCGAGCAGUCCCGCCUUUCAAAGGAGGAAUUCGUCGAGAAAAAAGAUCCUGCCGCCCGCCAUUCGCUCCGAGAGCAUUUUCAGCCCCCAGCCGCAACCUAAAGAGGCGACAGCUUCACCCGCAGCCAGUCACGUGGUUUCAGCCAGAGGCGUGGCCGCUGCUUCUGUCCCCCCGCAGGCUGAAAGUGACCUGAAUCCAGAAAGGGGCUCGUAUGGAGAAGAGGACGCUUCACCCACUGAACCUCCUCCUGGGACUGCAGCUUUGCCGGCCUCACAGCCGCUCCCUGUUCUUGUGGAGGAAGCAGCAACACAGGCGGAACAUUUGUCGGGGGGAAAACCACUUUUGAAAGCGUGGGUGUCCCCCUCUGAAGUUCAGCCUGUCAGUACUCAGAGUAACGGUGGAGGUGGGCUAGGAUUGAGUCCCCGCAGGCCUCAUGCAGUGAAGCCCUUGAGUUCAGCUGACAGCCAGCCCAGCAGCUCCCCUGCUGGAAAAGACCCCAGAGUUUGGGACACGACACCUGGGAAGAUUAAGGUGGAUGAGACGGUGGGAAGCGCCCCUUACAGUCAGUUGACGACAGAGGAGCUGGUCAAGCUGGUGGCCAAGCAGCAGACUGACCUGUCCAAGAAGGACGCCAAGAUCACGGAGCUGGAGGAAUACAUCGACAACCUGCUGGUGCGGGUCAUUGAGGAGAAACCAACCAUCUUGCAGAGUCUCACCCUCACCAAGCCGGUGUAAAGGAUCAGAGCCUGGCUUACGAACUGGUGAAUGGGUUUGUGCUGUUGUUGCUCUGCUGAGAGGGAGACGCUCUAUGAAUGUAUUUUAAUAUAUGCACUUUUAUUAGUUUUUAGAGGUUAAAAGGUUUCAGAGGAGUUCAGCUUCAGUAACAAGCAGUAAAGUUUUAUUAUUGAUGUAAAAGACGAUAUUUAACUCUAAGGUACAGCCGUUCGAUUGAGUUGUUUUUAAGACCAUACUUGAUGAACUUUAUGUAAUGUACUCAAAGGACAGAGAGGACCAUCCUGUUUUCUACCUCCUCUCUGAACUCUUUACUCUGGGCUGUGUGUAAUUUGCUGCUUCCUGGUGAAUCAUCCCAUACCCGUCCUUUUUCAGCCGAUUCACACGUGGCCAUUUCUCCCUCCGCCGCUGGAGUCUUAAUCAUUAUAGUCGGUUUUAAUUUUUUUAUUCUUCUUAUUAUUUUUGAAAGCAUCUGUUUUGUAACCAGUUAACAACAUCCAUCCCUUUGUAGUGAACACUGUGGAAUAACGCACUGCCUUUUAGCCUUUUCAGAGCUGUUGUGCUCAUUGCUGCUGGCGGGGCUGUUAAGAAAACCAGUGGCUGAAAGCAAGCAGCUGCUGCAUGCCGUAUAGGAUUAUUUAGCAUUUACUGCAUUAACUAUGCACACAGUUUAGGACAUGAUGAAGCAAUAGUGCAGAAUCCUGCUUUUCUAUAAUUGUUCAAAUGUUUCCAUCACUGUGAUUGUCUGUUUCUAUAUGUAUUUAAUAAAUAAAGGUAAUAAGCAGCUAGCACUAAUAAACCAAACUGGUCUGUGUCAGAAUCACACUAAUGAAAGCCUUAAGAAAUAACUUGUCAGAAAUAUUUACUUUCAUGUAUGUAGAGAGUUGUUUGAGAUUUGAUGGAUUGCCUCUUUUUUUAUCUCUACAAUGUAUAGCUUGAUGAAAUGUUUAUCCAACAAAUUGGUACAUAAAAUCCUAAAAACCUGUAAUAUUGAACUGUUUUAUUUUUAAAUAAAGACACUAAGUAUCGCCAGA